AUGAAGCAGCACAAUCGCAUAUUGAAGGCCCGAAACAUGGCCUCUAAAUACUUUGUACAAGAGCCCGAGAAGGAGCAAGACCCCAUACUGGCGGGCCUGAAUAUCGCGCAAUCAAUCGCUGUCACCAAUCCCGCGCCAGUGGUCCAGAUACUCGCUCCUCCUGGAUCUGGAAAAACCCGCACGCUGACAUCCCGUGUCGCUUACCUGCUCUCUCCCGCGCAGGGCCUUGCCCCGCAGAAUGUAAUUGUGGCAACAUUUACUGUGAAGGCUGCCCGCGAGAUGAAGGAGCGUAUUUCAAAGCUGGUUGGCAAUGGUGUUGAGGCCAAGCUUGUUCUCGGUACCUUCCACAGCAUUGCGCGGCGCUAUCUAGUCCGAUAUGGACAUUUAUUGGGGCUACGUAGCGGCUGGGGAAUCGCGGAUAAUGGUGAUAGCAUUGGCAUCGUAAAAAGGAUACUCAAAAAGAAAGAACUGCCUAUCACGGAUGCGAAGGCGGUAAGGAGCAGAAUAAGCCAUUUCAAAGCACGGAAUAGUGUUCCUGCUGCGAAUGCGCGGGCGAAGGUUGUGGGGACACAGUUGACACAGCAGAGUACACAGCAGAAGGAGAAGGGCAUAUCAACGGAGGAGUUUGUAGGAAUAUUCAAAGACUAUGCAUCAGGGCUUGAGGCAUCGAACCUGCUAGACUACGACGACCUACUGCUCAAGUGUCUGGAGCUAUUAAAGGAGCAUCCAGAAUGUGUAGGCAACGUCGAGGCAGUCCUGAUCGACGAGUUCCAAGACACAAACCUGGUGCAGUUCGAACUCAUGCGCCUGCUAGCUUCUAAGAAGAACUGCAUUACUAUUGUCGGCGACCCGGAUCAAUCUAUCUACGGAUUCCGGGCCGCCGAGAUCCGCAACCUCACCCGCAUGUUGCGUGUUUACCCAGACACACUCGUUGUACAUCUGGAGGAGAACUACCGAAGCUCUGCGUCGAUCCUCUUAGCUGCGCUAGAGGUAAUACAGCAGGAUGAUUCGCGGCCACAGAAACCGCUCACACCUACACAUGCGGUCGGGACGCGGCCAGUGCUUCGUGAGCUCCCUAAUGCGGAGAAAGAAGCGGCCUGGAUCGCUAGUGAGAUUGCUCGUAUUCGUAUACUCUCUGGUGAGGCGGUGGGGUUGGGAGAUGUGGCGGUGCUGGUGAGGAGCGCGAGUCUGACUAGGUUGAUUGAAACGUCCCUUGUGAGGGCGGGAAUGGCGUAUAAGAUGGUAGGAGGACUCAAGUUCUAUGACCGCGUAGAGAUCAAGACAUUAUUGGACUACCUGCGGGUUAUACAUAACCCGCUGAACAAUGACGCUGUAGCACGUAUUGUAAAUGUCCCAUCACGCAAAGUGGGGGAUGUAACAAUUAAGGCGCUUCUUGACGAGGCCGACAAGAAGGGAAAAACCCUCUGGGACAUCAUCAGGUCCGGUGUCAGCGGUGGCUGGCGGGAUCUCAAGAUUAGCAAGGUCGCUGACAAUGGUCUGGGCGACUUUGUCGGUUUGAUACUGUCUACUCAGCGGCUUCUGGGCCAGGAGCAGGUACCAGGCGACGAGAAGACGCUUGUUGAUAUCAUCGAGCAUCUCCUCCGCAAGCUGUCUUACGAGGAGCACCUCAUUAGGCAUUACCCUGAAGACUGGGAGGGGCGCUGGUCAAACAUUACGGAGCUGCUAACACAGGCGCGAGACAUGGUGGUAGGCGACGAAGACGAAGACGCACUACCACUCCUUGAUGGCGUUCCACAGAGUGAUGCUGUUGCGACAGGUCUGCAAGCCGUGCUGGAACGUUUUCUGUCGAAUACGGCGCUGAGUGAGGUACCGGAGGAUCAGGAGAAGAAAGCUUUGGGUCAGGUCACGAUAUCGACCAUCCACGCUGCAAAGGGGCUCGAGUGGCCCGUUGUGUUCAUCCCGGCAGUCUAUGAGGGCUCGAUCCCCCAUUCGAGAGCGGAUGAUACUGAUGAAGAGCGGCGACUCCUCUAUGUUGCUAUGACACGUGCGCAGGGUCUACUGUACAUGUCGUGUCCUAGGCGCAGCUCCUCAAAAGAAAAAACAACUCCAUGCCCCUUUCUUACGCCACAAUCUCUUGUAAAACUUCUAGACAAGCGUGCACCCCCUCUACGCUUCUCAUCGGUUCAGAGUAUUCUCCAAAUUCUCGGCCGCACUUGCCCAAGCGAGUCCGCUAUCAACACAUUAGUAGAAACAGUGGGUCUCCAAUCACUGCUCGACGAUCAAAUCCCCGAAAAAGAAGAAUGGGAAGAGCGUGAAGAAGCGGCCGAAGAUGCAGAGGGCGACUGGCGAAGCCGCAAACGGCGUAGAGCAGAAGACGUAGCGGAGGCCGUCUACGACCUUGGCGGGCAAGCAGCAGCAGUGGGAUUGAAUCGUGGUGGAGGGAACUUCACCGGGUUCAUGACUACCGAGCAGCGCCUCAAGGAAAAAAUGACUACAGCCGAGAGACUCGCUGCAAGGACGACUACAGCUGAAAGGCCAGCUGCAGGUUUCAAGAGUGCUGGCUCGCAUAUGGAGGCGCUGAAACAGAACCGCCUUACAUGUGAAGCUGAUAAGGAGCGUGUGGAGAAGAGGGCACGCCAAGAUGCCAUGCUGGCCACCUCUACUGCUGCUGUGGAGAAGAGAGCAGCUUUGUCAGCUAAACUCGCUGUUGAGAAGAAGACUACUAUCGAGAAGAAGACUACUGCGGGGACAAAGACAAAUAAGCGUGCUACAGGUCAGGGAAGCCUCAUGUCUUAUUUUGCCCCCAAGCCGCCACCACCAAAAGAGAAAGAGGUGACGGCGUCAGAGGUGAUGAGACAGAGUCGCAAGGCAGGAUUGAAGUUGAGCCUAAGGGAACAGAUAGAGGUACUUCCGCAGCCCAGGUUUCCUGUUCGGCCACCGAAGAACGAAGUGGUGCUGUUGAGUAGUUCUCCGGCCAGAUCAGUCGAUAGAAAGAGAAAAAUGAGCCCUGAUCUGGAAAUCCCUAGUAGUCCUGUGUUUGAAGAGUUUUGUAAAAGUAUUGAGGAAGAGGUAGCUGCUGAAGCUGCUAACGCCGCCGCUCGUGCAUCUGGGCCUUCGUCUUCCACUGGGUUCACAUCUGCACUUUCAUCAAGGCCGACGACUGAGCAGAGACUGGUGGGGAAGCUGACCACUGCGGAGAAGUUAGCGGCGGCGGCGGCGGCGGCGGCAGAGGGCCCGCCAAAGAAGAGGACUCUGGGGAUCAGAAGGAGUAUGAAUGGGUGGGCGAAUAGAGCUUCCGCGAAGAAGGACUGA